AUGGAUCGUUUGGAUGAAGAAAUAGGUGAAGAUGGCAAUGGUAACAUUAUCAGUGACAACGAUGGAGAGGCAGGGGAGGAAAGUGAGAAUGAGAGUAGUAGUUCGGCUUCAUCGUCUCCUACUUUCUCUUCUCGGCAAUGGCCACAGAGUGAGAAAAUGUCAACUUCAACACAAGCAGUUAAUGAGACUGCAAAAGGGAGCCAAGCAAAUGUAGACACCCUUAUUGUUCUGAUGGUAGAGGAAGUUAAGAAAGGAAAUAGGACUACUUCGACUUUUAAUAAAGCUGGUUGGAACAACAUUGCCAAUAACUUAAAAAAAAAAACUGGGGUCAACUAUUCCAUUGUACAGUUGAAGAACAAAGUGAACAAACUGAGGCAGGAUUAUAGUCAGUUUAAGAAGCUAUUGGAGACAACUGGUUUUGGUUGGGAUACUGCUUCAAGAACUUGUACUGUUGAUGAUGAAUCCAUCUGGGAAUUGCAUAUUAAGGAUAACCCUACUUGGGCACGAUUUAAGAAGCACGGACUACCACAAUGGCCAGAACUAUGUAUGGUAUUUGGUGAUACAUAUGCAGACGACGAAGGAAGUGGGACUCAAACAACCGUGUUGGAAACUAUGGGGGCCGAUGAUGCUAGGAAAAUGAUUGAGUCUUGUGAUGAGUCAAGUUCUGCUGAUGAAGUUACUCCAUUAGGUGACACUCAAACUGAAGCAGUGGAAAAAAGGCCAGCUACUAAGCAUAGGCAUGAUAGGACUCCAAAUGCGAAAAGGAGGAGGAGCAAGUCUAAUGAUUGGUCAAUGGCAUGCAAGGCAAUUCAAGAUAUGAGUAAAUCAAGGGUAGAACGAGAUGCGAGCAUGUCCACUGCUUCAACCCAAAAUGUGGAACAGAUGUACGGGAUUACUAGGGCCAUGGAGGUGCUUGAGUCAGGAUAUGAGUUAGAUGAAGCACUAUACGAGAAAGCACUUCGGAAGUUAAUGGCUGACCCGCAAUGGAGAGAAGCAUUAAUUUCCUGCCCUCCUCAUCGGAAGUCAAUACUCCUUCGUACCCUUCAGUAGUUUGCUUCUUGAAAAGUUCUUUUAAUUAGAUAGAUUGAUAACUCUACUUGGAUUGUGCCUUGGCACU